UAGAAAGAAGUUAAAAGAGGGUAUUUGCCUGAACUGAACACUACCGCAGUGACGAGCAAAAUUCAUAUGUAGUCCACAACCGCACUAAUUAUUGCAACCAUUAUGCCUUCGUUUCCUCUUACCGGUUCCGUCACCAUCUGUGAAAUCAAUCGAGACCUCAUUGUCGCUGAGAAUCUGUCGGACGAUCGAAGCCAGGAUACUUAUGGCAAACUUCUUGGAAUGGUAUUCAGCCCGAUUCCAUUUCACUCUGAUCAAACGGUGUUGCCUAGCCCCGAGCAGGACACAGAACAAGAACAUGGAAGUAUGCCCGCUGAUAAUGCUGAGAGAAAGGGUUUAGUGGCAGCAUUGCAGGGAAUUCUCGGUCAACCCCUGAAACGUUUCUUUCAUCCUAGUGACGUAAACAUGUUACUGGAGGUUGAUCUUCAUGGAGUAAGCUGGCACCAUCAUAAACAUAUUAUUGCAUUCAUAUCUGGGUCGAAUCAAGUUAUGGUCCGUGACUAUGAGGAUUCAGAAGGGAAGGAUCCCUGCAUUUUAACAAAUGAGUUGCAAAGAGAUGUUAAAGUACUUGAGUGGAGGCCAAAUGCUGGGAGGAUGCUCUCUGUAGCAUGCAAGGGUGGAAUAUGCAUUUGGGCUGCUUCUUUCCCAGGCAAUGCAGCAUCUGUGAGAUCUGGUGCUGCUUCAUUCUUGGGAACUGUCUCUAGGGGCUCUGGUGUGCAAUAUAUCCUGGUGGAUUUCCUUCAAAGUCCAAAUAAUGAACAAAUUAGUGCACUCUCAUGGAGUCCAGAUGGAAGGUAUUUGGCUUCUGCCUCUUAUGAGAGCUCGUCAUUCACCAUAUGGGAUGUUGCUCAAGGUGUGGGCACUCCCAUUCGACGAGGAUUAGGGGGUAUCUCAAUGAUGAAGUGGUCGCCUACUGGAGAUUACUUUUUUGCUGCAAAAUUUGAUGGAACAUUUUAUCUUUGGGAGACAAACACAUGGACAUCUGAACCUUGGUCUUCAACUAGUGGAUUUGUCAAGGGAGCAACAUGGGACCCUGAUGGACGUAUGAUACUAAUUGCUUUCUCAGAAUCAUUGACAUUGGGAUCUAUACAUUUUGCAUCAAAGCCUCCAUCAUUAGAUGCACACCUGUUACCAGUUGAUUUACCUGAGAUAAUAUCCUUGACAGGCAGUCAGGGCAUUGAGAAGAUAGCCUGGGAUGGAUCGGGAGAGCGAUUGGCUGUAUCUUACAAAGGUGGGGAUGAACCAUACAGAGGUUUGAUAGCCGUAUAUGAUACUAGAAGGACUCCAUUGGUUUCUGCAUCACUGAUUGGGUUUAUUAGAGGACCUGGAGACCAUCCGAAGCCAAUAGCAUUUUCAUUUCACAACAAGUUUAAGCAGGGACCACUGCUUUCUGUGUGUUGGAGCAGCGGAUUUUGCUGCACCUAUCCUCUUAUAUUUCGUUCCCAUUCUCUUCCAUAAUUAAGUUCUGUUUGAGUUUUUUUUUUUUCUUCCUACAAUUUGACUUUGCAGUUGAAGAGUUUUUUCUAUCUUAUUCUUAGUUUUGAUUGUUAAAUUAUAUUUGGUUAGCUUUUCCGAAGUACUUGUUUUGCUAGGGUCGUGUUAAUUAGAGAUGAGCAUGGCAUUCCGUGAGUUGGAUUACAACUAAUUCUGAGCUUUGUAUUUUACAA